AUGUCUGAUUCAGAUUCUACCCUGUCCCCUGAACCUCAGCGUACUAUCAAAAUCAUCUUCAUCUCGGAUUAUGUCUGCGCAUUUUGCUACAUCGGGAAUAAGUCGCUCAAAGACGCUAUUGCCGCAUGUCGUGACUUGGAUGUACGUUUCGACGUGGAAUUCCGGCCAUUUACUCUCCUCUGCCAAUCAUCCGUACCCGAGGUCCCCAAAGUGAAAGGUGAAAAAGUGCCCAAUCGCAGGGAUUACCUCGUUCGGAAGCUUGCUGGCUUACCGCUUGCAGAAGACGGGAUUGUGGCCCGGUCUACUCUUGCCCACAGACUUUCUGUGAAAGCAUAUAAAGUUGGCGGGCAAGCCAUGCAAGGCCACCUCAACGAUAUUCUAUUUAAAGCCGCUUUCGCCGAUUGCCAGGACGUUAGUGACGUCGAGUUUCUUGCUGAUGCAGCAGAGAAAGUUGGCUUGAUGGACAAGACAGAGGCUAUUACUUUCUUGCAAGAUACCGAUUGCAAGAACUGCGUCAAUCAAAUGAUUGAUGCUGCUCGGGCGAGCGGUGUGAAUGGCGUGCCCUCCAUCAUAAUUGAUGGUAAAUGGGCUUUGAAUGGCGUACAAUCUACAGAGUGUUACCUUCAGAUUUUGCGGAAAAUUGCACAAUCGUCGUCAAUGACGGAAUGCGCAUCGGUCGUCUCAGUGGAAUCAUAA